AUGGCAUUAUUCUCUUUUUUUUUUAAAUUUAAAUUAUAUGUAGAUUUUAAAAAACACAUUCAAAUCAUGGCAAGUGGGGCUAACCUAACUGAUUUGACGAAGGACUAUGAUUGCAGUAUCUGUUUGGACCAGCUUGAAAAUCCCAAAACAUUGCAAUGUCAACAUUCUUUUUGUAAAGACUGUCUCGAUGGAGUGUUGAAGUUUAACGAAAAUGGCAGUGCCACGCUGCAGUGUCCCAUGAAAUGCGACAAUGUUAAAGUGUUGGCAGAAAGUGAGACAACAAAUAACUUAAUUGCAAAUUAUCAUAUGAAGAAAACAUUAGACAUAAUUAAGCAGAAAUCUGAUAGGCAAAAUGAGACCAAAUGUUCUCAAAAAGACUCGUGUAACCGUAGUAUAUGCAAAUGGUGUGUAAUCUGUGUUAUGGCGUUAUGUGAGAAGUGUUGGCAUGAGCAUUUGUUGAAGCAUACUCAAUCCACUUACAUUGAUAUUAGAUACAACGAGAAAGAAGAAAACAUUGUGCCAUAUUGUGUUCAGCAUAGCACUGCGUCAAAGUUUGUAUGUUUUGAUUGCAGUGACCGUUUUAUUUGUUUGUAUUGCAAAUUUCGUGAUCAUAAAAGUCAUCAUAUUGAAUCUGUUGAUCGAGCUGCUAAGUUAGUAAAGCACUGGGCAAAAACUGAAAAAGACAAAAUCCAUAAAGAUUAUGAUGAAAUGGAAGUGUUAAAGAUGAAAUAUACCACAGCAUUCAAUGACAUUAAAAGUUUUCGUAAGGAUUUAGUUGACGAACUCAACAACAGGAUAAAAAAGUGCGUCACUGACUAUUUAGAAAUUCUACAAGAUGAAAAAAAAUUUAUCUUGAAAAAAUUUGACAACAUGGCACAGGAAUUUCAAACUGAAUCUUUAAAUGCAGAUUUUGCAAACUGUAGCAUUAAUGAUAAAUAUCUGUCAUCAACUUAUCUGGAUGACCUUCAAAUGAAGCCGCCAUUUCAAAUCAUGCUAGAACGAACAAAAAUACAGCAGAAAAUGAGUGCAUUAAAUAUAACAAAGAGUAACAACCUACCUGCUAUCAGUGCAGUAUUGCAAGAUCGUAAGUUUACUAUAUUAUCUGAUGCCAACCAUCUUGGAAAUUUAAUCACACAAAAAGAAAAUAAUUUAAGAAGUGACUUUCCUGCUUUCAACAGUGAUUAUGUCAUUGAGGAUUCUGUAGAUUACAAACCACUGGUUAACGAGCUGUGCACAGAUUCCCAAUUUGUAAAUGAGUUUGAAGCAGCUGUCAAAAGUAAAACAGCAACACAAGUUCCUUCAAGAGAAUGUGUUGGGUCCGGAUUAAACCCAAAAGCAAAGGAAUGGAUUCCAAGUUAAGUGUAUUAGAAGGAUACAUUAUACUUUAAGAGGAGUGUUUGUGAAAGCAAAUUUUGGCACUGCAAAAUGUUUGGUGAAAGACUAUCAUUUUUUGUUGCAUACAAAGUCUUUUAAAAUUUCCUCACAAAAUGAAGGUCUAACUGUGCACAUUUAUUUCUUUACUUUGUUUUUAUUUAUAUUUUACUUAGCAAUUACUGUUACGCUUAUAAAUAUAUUGUUACGCAAGGGUUGCUUUUUUGUUUUACUGCUUUAGCUGGUAAAACUUCAAAAUGGGCUCCUUUUUUGUCGCCGUUUUUACUACCGAGACUAGUGAAGCACGGGAGGAUACCAGUCUAGUGUAGCGGUGGAAUUAUUAGUUUUUGAGUGUUAUAACAGACUACUCUGUUGCACAAGGUACAAAUACCUAUUAUGUUUACAAAUUAAUCAUUUUGCAUUAUUAUCAUAUGUUCAGUCGGUUUCGCUAAACGGUCGUUUGUUAUGUCGUAAGUGAUCUGGAAUUUACCGAAGCUAGAUUUGUAUUUCGUACAACGAGUUUCAAUGCUAAAAUUCAUUUUAAAAAACCAAAUAAAUCAUAAAUAGUUGUUUUUAUGAUUUUUAAGUUUCAUUUAGGUUUCAUAAAAGCCAUGUUUACAAACUUGAAGUCAUUUUUCUACUAAUUUCAAAUUUUUUAUUCUCUUUUGCUGUGCUAGUUGAAAUAAUUAAUUAUUGCUAACGUGAGCAUUUUUUCUGCACAAUUACUGAAGCAAAUACUCACCUGUAGAGGACAAUUAAAUCAGUAAUACGCCGUAGAACUUCCUGCCGAAACGACUGGCUUAUUAUUAUUAAAUUAUUAUUCAAAUGCAGAAUUUUCUUUUUAGAAAUCAAAUACUAAAUAUAUUGUUUAUUAUCAUUUUACUUUAAAAUUUAUUACAAAAUAUUUGGUUUAUGUAUUUUACACAGUUUUUUUAAAGCAUGAUGAGACCGAGACCCUUUUAGUGUUAAACUUCGCAUACACUUCGCUUAAAAUAGAGAAGGGAAAUAAGAAGUUACUUUAAAACAUUUUUUUACAAAACUUUUGCAAGCAGCGUUGUGAAUAUUCUGUUCUUUGUUUAUCUGUAAGCAAAAAAGGAGUUACUGGAAUAUAUUUUUAAUGAUAUGAACAAAGAAAUUUGCCAUUUUUUUUAAACUAGUGAUUCUGAUUAUUGAUAGAGCAUUCGACUUCUGAUAAUGACUGCAGGUUUAUUCCUCACUGGCAUUAAGCCAACAGAAAAUUCUCCCACUACUUUUUUUUUCUCUUUUCAGUAUCUUUUAAGUGACACCCUCGUAUUAAUGCAGGCAGUUAUUAAAGUAUGGGUAUUCAUUAAUUUUGAGAAUAAGUGAAAAUAAAUUUUCUUCAUGUUAUUAAAUAACAUAUUUCAUUUGACGUUUCUGUCUUUACAGUCUCUAGUGUUUAUAAAUUCUUGUAGGGUUUGAGAUGAAACGAAAAUGCUUUUGGUGUUGAUUUUGUUACAGUUAAAGGACACCCUUAAAAUAUCCAUUUCAACACGAUUUACCCGAAAUAAAGCUAUUGCGCACGUGCAGUUCACACAACUCUGAUAUAAAAAAAAUUCCAUAUAAAUACAACGAAUGGCAUUUUUGUUUAACCCUUUGGGGUCAAUAGAAAUAGAAAAAAUAGAAUUCCCAGUCCAAGUGCAUGUAAUCUAACUAAGACACAAAAUGAGAGUUUUAAAUAACUUUUUUACCAUAACGAUUAUACAGUAUUUAGAUGUUAUCAAUUUCACAAUUAUAUAUUGUAUAUAUUUUUUUGAGAAUCCGUGUUUUACUGGAUUUAACCGGAUUAAACCGGAACUGGAAGUUAUGCAAUGUAUUAUAAGUUCAAUUUGAAUCCAAUUUUUAUUUUCUGGCAUUGAUUGUAGUAUUAUGUAUUGGUUAUAUAUGAAGUUUACAUCAGUAAGUAACGCACCAUUGCACUGAUUUUUAACUGAAGAAAUAAUCAAAACGUAUGGAUAUUUUUCUCAUUAGAAUUCUUAUCCUUCCUCACCAGUCAAUAUUAGUUAUUUUCUGUAGUGGCAAAUUUUGUUGAAGUUAGUUUUUUGUUUGGAACCAAUUUAAACCAAAUUUGAUAAUACGUGUAAAAACAUCAGCGCUUUGAUAUUGCUGUCAUUUGUGUCGUUUUUUAAUUUUGAUAUUUGACUUGCAGUGACCCAAAGUAUUAAAUACAAUAUCCAUGCUUGAAAGAAAGUGCUCUGACUCUUAUCUCACUGGUUGCAACAGUGUUUUGUUUAUGUUUUGUUUAUGUUUAUAUUUUUAACACCUGUCUCUAAUUUAUUAGUGUGAUAGUUUUAUUACUGUGAUAGUUUUAUUACUAAUUACCAAUCGAUGUCAGGGUUGUCACCAAAUCAUAGAAUUUUGAAUUUCGAUCAGGGAGAAUCAGGUGGCAACCCUUGAUGUGAGCUGAAUGACAUUUUGUGAUUGUUUUCAACUAUUUUUUUGAUCAAGGCGAACAAUCUGC